AGCAAGAGAACAUGGAGUGGGCCCGUGAAGUAUUUGAUCUCUAGAUGGGGAAAAAGGUCAAAAAAGAGACAGAGCCAUUCUCGAAAGAUGUGUUCGACCCUUUACCCAUCGAGAGCAGAACAGCAGCGACGGCGGUUCUUAUGCUCCGCUCUCCUGAAGAAGAGGUGCUGGCAAAAGCUUCUGAGGCCAUCCACAAAUUCGCAGAAAAAGGUGAUGAGAAUAAGACUUCUCUGAUGUGCUUGGGAGCGGUUGAACCUCUUUCUCGUCUCAUAUCUCACGAGGACAGGACUGUGCGCAGGAAUGCUGUCAUGGCUCUGGGCGUCAUGGCUUCUAACAAUGAAGUCAAAAAGUGUUUGAAGAAGCUGGAUGUAAUACCUGCAGUCAUCAGCAAACUAUCACCUGAGGAGAAUGUUGUGGUCCAUGAGUUUGCCACCUUGUGUUUGACAUCAUUGUCAGUGGACUUUUGCUACAAGGUCCAGAUUUUUGAGCACAAAGGGCUUGAACCUCUUAUUCAGCUCUUGUCCAGCCCAGACCCUGAUGUGAAGAAAAAUUCAGUGGAGUGCAUCUUUAAUCUUGUACAAGAUUUUCAGAAUCGAGCAGCCGUGCAGCAUCUAAAUGGACUCCCCCCGCUUCUGGAACUGCUACGCUCAGAGUUCUCAGCUAUUCAGCAGCUUGCACUGCGCACCAUAGAGAACAUCACCACUGACAGUGAAACCCAUGUGGCCUUUAGGAAUAUACAGGGCUUUGACAGAAUCCUGGAGAUCCUCGGGACCAAAGAGUUUAGUGACCUGCACGAGGGGGCUCUCAGGGUUAUCUCGAACUGUCUGGAAGACAACGAGUCCAUGCAGCUGAUUCAGACAAUGGGUGGUCUGGAACAGCUACUGCAGUUUGUUGGCACAUCCACACUGCCUGAAGCGCAGGCUAAUGCAGUUAAAGCCGUAGCCAGGAUGGCACAGAGCGGCGAGAACAGAAAAAUUCUUCAUGAACGGAAUGUAGAAAAGACCCUCACUGACCUUCUCAUGCAGGAGAAUGAGAGUGUACGCACUGCUGCAUGCCAGGCUGUGGCAACAGUGAGCAAAAACCUUUCCAGCAGAGAAACGUUCAGAAGUCUGGAUGUGAUUAAGCUCAUCGUGCAGCUGCUGAACAGUGAAGGAAGUGAGUUGAGAAUGGCUGCAGCAGAGGCCCUGUCUAGCUUGACCAGUGACAACAACCUCAAUGCUUAUGCUAUACAUGAGGCAGAGGGUGACAAGCUCUUGGUGCGACAGCUGCGAGACAGCUGCAUGGGAGCAGCUGUGUAUGCAGCAUCAGUCUUGACAAACAUGGCAUCGCAGGAGGAGCUGCGCAGAAGCAUUUUGGCCCAUGAAGCUAUGCCAGCAUUGGUGGAGCUGCUACAGUCCACUGACAAUAACAUACUCAUCAGUGCGACGCAGGCUGUAGCUUCACUGGCCUGUGAUGCAGAGGCGAGGAUGGAGCUGAGAACUCUUGGAGGUCUGUCACCUUUGGUUCAACUGCUCAAGUCUAUCAAUGCUGAAAUUCGGAGAAAUGCUUCCUGGGCAAUUAGUGUGUGUGCAAACGAUGAAAUAACAGCUCUAGAAUUGUGUAAUGCCGGAGCUCUGGAGAUACUCCAGGAAAUCAGCCUGUCACCAAACCGUAACAACAAAUUUAGUGAGCUGGCACUACAGAAGCUUCUGAACAGUAAUCUAUCAUUGAAGUAUAGUCUGACAGGACACCUGUCAGCCAGCGAUAUAACUACAGAUGGCUUCUACGACCCUGGACAGAUAAGAAUGGGUCAUCAGGUUCCUACAUUGGAGGAAAUAUCAAAACAAGUUGUCAACAAAAACAGAGCCACUAUAGCAGUGAAUGGGAAACCCAUGGAUCAAUUUAUUACCAAGGAACCAGAUGAUUGUAAGCAAGAUAGUCCAACAGAAACUACUGCCUCAUCUGUUUUGAGCAGCAAAAGGAGCAGCAAAACACCAAGUAAAAUGAAGGGAAAGGGUAACAAAGAGGAUGAGAAAAGGAAGGAUGAGGAUGAGUAUAAGCCACAGCCGGAGAUGGUGGUGGAUGAAGCAUGGAGCUUGCCGUAUGACGUUGCAUUUCAUAAUCUUGUCAAAGAAGCAGUCGAAUCCAUCUCGCCACUUCAGGAUGUGGUCAAAAUGUACACAGCUUUGGCAAUGUUAGUGUGUGAUGCAAUGGGCGGCAAGGUUGAGCCAGACAAGCUACAUGACUUUCUGUGGGAACUGCAUAUAAGCGAGCUGAAAGUUGAAGCCUGUUCCAACAUUGUUCUCGUUGGAAAAAUAAAAAAAGGCACCUUCUUUCACAGAGCAUUGCUUUACAAGGUUCUUGCAGACCGAAUUGGGCUGAGCUGCAGUCUCAUAAGAGGAGAAUACAACCGCGCCUGGAACGAAAUCUUCAUUACCAGUCCAAAGAAAACUUAUGGUUACUCUCAGCCUGAAUGUUAUAUCAUAGAUCUCAUGCAUCAACCUGGAAACCUCAUGAAAAGCAACUCACCAGCAGCUCUAGCAUAUCACACCAUUUAAUAGCAAUAUUAUGCUGGUAUUAUGUUUACUCACACACACACAAACACAC